CACUAUGGCAAAGGGCCUUUCUGGCACUUAUGAUAAAUUGGCAGGAUACUGGACAAUAAACUGCCGUCCAACUAUAUAUUAUUUUCAGCCAGAAUCAGACUUAAAAGGAGUUUUGAAGUCGUGGCUUAGUGGUUACAGAAGCGGACUUGGCUCCGGAAGGCUUCAGGUUCGAGUCCACCAGUUGCCACUGAGGUACUCUGAGCCUGGCACCGUCCCCACACACUGCUGCCCCCUGCUCACUUUGGUGAAAUACUAUUCCUAUGUGACACCGCAAAGAUGAUAUGAUGAAUCUGGAAUGGUUUGUUUCGCGAUAUACUGUAUAUAAGUCGCAAGCCCAGCCAAAGGAUGAAAAAAAGUGUGACUUAUAGUCCGGAAAAUACAGUAUUUAGGAUUGACCUCUCAUACUUAAUGGCUCUGACUUCUUUUAUUUUGUUAAUACUUAUUUUUAAGCCACACCCCCUCCCCCUUUUAGGGACGAGAAUGAUUUUACGACUCCCCAACCCCUCCUCCGACCCACACCCCCGCGAAUUGAAAUACUAUUGAGAACCUGAUAAUAUGUAUAUUUAUAUCUUUUUGCUUCAAUCCCACAGCAAUAACACAUACUACUUGUUUAGAAACAUGAUCGUAAACGCUAUUUAAAAAUUGACGAGAAAGAGUAUGCACUAAAACAAAUAGAAGGCACUGGGAUAUCAAUGUCUGCCUGCAGGGAAAUUGCUCUGCUACGAGAACUGAAACAUCCAAAUGUAAUCGCCCUACAGAAAGUCUUUCUGUCCCACAGUGACAGAAAGGUUUGGCUGCUCUUUGACUAUGCGGAACAUGAUCUUUGGCACAUCAUUAAGUUCCACCGUGCAUCGAAAGCCAACAAGAAGCCAAUGCAACUGCCUAGAGGGAUGGUCAAGUCUCUCCUGUAUCAAAUUCUGGAUGGAAUCCAUUACUUACAUGCCAACUGGGUUCUCCACAGGGAUCUGAAACCAGCAAACAUUCUUGUCAUGGGAGAAGGACCUGAAAGAGGAAGAGUAAAAAUAGCUGACAUGGGUUUUGCCAGACUGUUCAACUCCCCUCUUAAACCCCUUGCUGACCUGGAUCCGGUGGUUGUGACAUUCUGGUACAGAGCUCCAGAGCUUUUGCUAGGAGCCCGGCACUACACUAAAGCUAUUGACAUCUGGGCAAUUGGCUGCAUCUUCGCGGAGCUCUUAACAUCGGAGCCUAUUUUCCACUGUCGCCAAGAAGAUAUCAAGACAAGUAAUCCCUUCCAUCAUGAUCAACUGGAUAGAAUAUUCAGUGUCAUGGGUUUUCCCGCAGAUAAGGAUUGGGAAGAUAUCCGGAAGAUGCCUGAAUAUCCUACUCUACAGAAGGACUUUAGAAGGACGACGUAUGCUAACAGCAGUCUAAUCAAAUAUAUGGAGAAACAUAAAGUCAAACCGGACAGCAAAGUUUUCUUGCUGCUGCAGAAACUCCUUACCAUGGACCCCACCAAGAGAAUCACAUCAGAGCAGGCAUUACAGGAUCCAUAUUUCCUUGAGGACCCAUUGCCAACCACUGAUGUGUUUGCUGGGUGUCAGAUUCCAUACCCAAAACGAGAGUUUUUGAAUGAGGAUGAGCCAGAGGAGAAAACAGAGAAGAACCAGACCCAACAGCACCAGCAAACAGCAGGUCAACAACAGAAUACAGCCCAGCAGGCACCGUCACAGCAGAGUUCAGCCCAAACGAACGGCACCGCUGGCACCACGGGGGUGACCACAAGCAGUGGGUUACAACAUGGCCAAGACCAAGGACCACCCAACAAGAAACCUCGAAUUGGACCCCCGGGGGUCUCCUCAGGCACAGGAGUGCUACAGUCUGAAUACCAGCACUCCAGCUCCCGUCUGGGUUACCAAAGCAACAUCCAAGGUUCCACGCAGCCCCAGAGCACCAUAGGAUACUCAUCAUCCUCCCAGCAGACUUCGCAGUAUACCCACCAGUCCCAUCGUUACUGAGGGUUCCCCGACACUCCUGAUCUCUUGAACUCUACAAGCCAGUUCCUCCUCUUCCUGUUCUUUCCAUACGAACCAAAGCGGACGACAGCAGGAGGCCCAUGGCUGCCACAUGCUGGGAGUACCUCCAUCUGCGGAGCGAAUCAUUCCAAGUCAGCCUAUCCACUUGCUGUGAGCCCACAAUUGGCUAGGUCGAAAACAGGACCUGAACACAAAGGAAGCCGUGGCACUUACAUAAGGAAAUCCGUGUUUAUAUAUAUAUAUAUAUAUUUUAUAUAUACAUAUUUUAGUGCUGGGCAAUAAUUACAAAUUGUAAUAGUAUUAAUCGCAUUAUUUUCUGCAAUUAUUCAUUGUUCUGAAGAAAAUGAACGAAAUGAAACUAUUAAUAUUUAUUAAUAAUGAAAUGAAUGAAUUAUGUCAGCAGUCGAGUUUCGCACACUUUUAUAUAAAGUGUAGCGGUAUAUGGAAAAAAGUGCAAUACCGUUCGGUUUGCUAACACUAUAAACAAAUAAGUGCUUUUUUUUUACAGCAGUAUUCCCUUUACAUAUUCGUUGUAGGAGUUACAUAUUGGUAGUGGGUAGAAUGACGCGUACUGAAUAUCGCAAAAGAAAAUUCCAUUGUCUAUUCCAUGCUCUUAUUCGCAGUCGAUACACGCGGUAUUGUUUGCACACGCUGCAAUAGCAGUCAGCCCAUAAAUCAAACUUUUGGUCAGACAUUCUCGAAACAUACUACAAGGCAACCUUAUGAUUGAUGACGAAACUGUAACGCAACGACUAAAAUCCACCAACGUUAUGCAGAAAAUGUACAUAUGUUAUUUCAUAUUUUCGUACCAUUUGAAUUUUACCUUUGCGUACCUUUCUUGACAUUUUUCUAUAUUAAUCAUUCCAUUAUUGCAUCAGUCUUGAAACACGUACAUCUUCCGCUACUAACCCGUGUACUCCUGGGUGAUUGAACCUCGAGUCAAAGUGCAAGACAAUUUACCUUGAUGAUUAAACAGGAUUACCGUAUUUCCCGGACUAUAAGUCGCUCCAGCCAAAGGAUGAAAAACAGUGCGACUUACAGUCCGUAGCAGAUGCUCGUACACAAGCCUAGAGUGCCCACUAGUGGCUGUCAGUGUGAAAAUAACGCCCAUGUACAUUUUCAAUGGUACAGGAGUAGCAGAUACUAGUACACAAGCCUAGAGUGCCCUCUAGCGGCUGUCGGUGUGAAAAUGACAACCGUUCAAGAACAGUAACAAGUUGCACCUGAGUAUAAGUCGCAAACCCAGCCAUUAACACGAUUAAUCACAAACACGAUUAAUCACAAACACAUUCAUCCAAAGCUACCCUGCCAACUGAUUACAACUGUUUAUCGAUUGACAGCAAAUUAACGGGUGUACUGCACUAAAGCGAUACUUCAGAGGUAAAAAAAAAAUGUAGGGGUUACAAAUCAUUUUAGUUCUGCUAUACAUUGUUUUUGUCCCUACCUGUUUUUACGCAUCGUUAAUUUAUUCAAUCCACUCCGAAUGCUUAUGGCUUCCCAAACCCUUUCCUUUAUCCAUUGUUAGUUUUAACGUGUAAUUAAUUCAUCACCGAGCAAUUCACUUUUAAUAUAAUAAUAAUGAUAAUUCAAUGCAAACAGCAACAUGAAAUGUGGAUUGUGGAUUAAUCAGUAAUGCAUUAUUGUAUCAACUUGCCCAGCCCUAACAUAUAUGUACAGCAAUAGCGACUUUGUAAAUAGAUUUUUUUAUUUUUUUUUUUACUUUUCAAUAGAAUUUUUACUUUGAGUUUGCCGAAUGUUGUUGAUGUCAUUGUAGAUAAUGUAACAAAGCUAUGAGAGGAAAGAACGAUAGGACAUCAGAGCAAGCACUGUCAUCUCCGUUGUACUUUGACCUUAGUGUAACGUACACAAAAUUCCAAGCAGGGAUGUCCGAUAUUAACUUUUUGCCGAUAUCCAAUAUGCUGAUAUUGUUCAAACACUUCAUUUCUAAUUCCGACAUCAACCGAUACCGAUAUAGCAGUAUGAGUUCCUGGACACCAGCAUUCUGUUUUUUAGAAUCGAUUAAUAAAAUGAUCUGCAAUGCUGCCAUCUAGUGAGUUACACUAGAUAGCAGAUAUAGAUUUCACAUAAACGGCCCCAGAACUAUUUUUAGGGCACACGAUCAUUUGACCAUACCCAGGCUUCGUGUUAUCGGGUUUUCAUUAUCGGAGGAAAACCGAUAACGAUUCUUACGGAUGUUACAUAAUUAUUCCGAUAUCGGUCGGCAGAUAUUAUCGGACAUCCCUAGUCGGAAGUAGAGAAAUGAAAAAUAUGCAUUCAACACCAACUUUAAAUCGUGGUAUUUCAGUAGUGAAGCCUCAAAGAUAGCGACUAGAAUUAGACACUUUCAUUCGCUGUGGCCAGAGCCUACACUAAUGCCAUUGGAACCUUUGCAGUAACUAAUGUUAGUCCUACGAAAUUCUUACGUACAUACAGGGCAGCUACUUAUACCUAUAUCCACAACACGCCGCACUCCACUUCAAAGACGCUUCUCCAGACUGUUACUGCCUAAUGUU